UGCAAGAUGCUGGUGGUCCCACUGACAGCGGCCCUGCUGGCCCUGAGCUCAGCUCAGAGCUCAUACAAAGGGGUCACCUGGGAAGACUCUUCCUCCCUAGUGUCAGGUAAAGGCCCAUUCAUCCUCAGUCAACCUUCUAUUCCUUCCUUUCCUCAGCUCAGUGGUCCUCCUCCUCCUGGAAACCAGCAGGGCCCACCCCAACAAGGAGGCCCACAGAAUCACUCCCCUCAUUCCAUAAAUAAGCAAGGUCCACCCCGACCAGGGCCACAGCAGCCCAAUGGUCUUCCUCCUCCUCCUCUUCCUCCUGGAAAACCACAGAGUCCACCCCCACCUGAAGGCCCCCAGAAUCGCCCCCCUCAUUCCUUAUAUAAGCAAGGUCCACCCUUACCAGGAGGCCCACAGCAGCCUAAUCGUCCUCCUGAUACUGGAAACCAGCAAGGUCCACCCCAGGAAGAAGGUAAGCAGCUGUAUUUUCCUCAUGGCAUCCUGGAAGGCCCCACUUUGCUCCCCACUUCCCUAAAGGGAUAAACCACCCAGAAUAUCCCAGGGAUUGAGCUCAAUGAUCUCAUUGCAGUUCCAGGUGGGAUUUAAGCCCUCUCUUCAACACUGGUCCUAAGUCCUAUACUUACUAAAGUGCAGGGUGACAGCCAUUCAUCUGUCAUGUAGUUCAGGUGAUGUGGUCAGUGAAGCCCAAUUUUCAGUGUUACCAUUCAGAUUUUCUGGGUUAGUGUGCCAAGACCAUUUCUUUUUACAAACCUCCCAUGAUAGUAGUGAUUUUCAGGAAUGAUGCCCCCAGAAUUGCCUUUUGCCAAAUGAUUAGGGGCAUUCUUUAGAGCAAGCUGUGCCAUGUUCUCCCCUUGGUCCUCUGCCUCCUUCUCAGAGCCAGUGACUUCCAAUGUCACAUUUCCACCUGACCACGCUUAGCUCAGUUCCAUCUCACACCACAACUGGCAGUGCCAGUGCUCCUGCUCAGUCACAUUCACGUCUGUGCUCUUAUAUGCCACCUUGACUUGAACAUCCUUACCAUGAAUGGGAUCCAUGCCCAAGAUGGAAAAGAAGGUCCUGGAAGAGAAGGGGAUGAAGCCAAAUCUGGUAGGCUGGUCUUAUCCCACCUCCCACAGCCCCAGCCCACAGCAUCAUCACUUCCUGCACACAUCUUCUUUGAAACAGUUGUACACACAUAAGCAAGUCAUGCUGAUAUUCUGGCCUAAAAACAAUUCCACAAAGGAUCUGCGUGGCCCACUGGGCAUAACAUAUUUUGUAGAAAACAUCUAAGUCAGCUCACAGAGUUAUUCAGAUCUUUCUAUUGUCUUUCUCUUUCCUUCCUUACUUUAGCCCUCUUU